AUGCACAGGAUAACAUUCUCAACUACGUACCUUGUCCUUCUCCACUUGUUACCAGUGCGCGCCGCAUUCACCGACUUCUUCUUCGCAGGCAACAAUGGGAGCUCUAGCGCACUGAGGACGUGUCCCGGUUCGCCGUUCGAAUGCAUUCCUCCUUCUGUUUGCUCGUUUGACGAACGAACAUUCAAAACUUACUGUUGUAUUCCUGGUUCUAAGGAUGCGGUUUGCUGGGGGCCCAGUGAAGGUUGUGAUGGAGGAGACCGCACGACACCCGCGGGUAAUCAGCGUUCGUGUGGAUCCGGUAUAAAUGCCUUUUGCUGUUUGAAGUCCAGUGAGAUAUGUACUGAGGCACUAAAUCAAAUCAACAUUUGCUGGAGUAGCCUGGUCAACCCGCUCGCCUCGCUGGAUGCAACUGCGGUGAACAAGACCGCGCAAUCGCUUAUAUCGGCUAGCCCGUCUGCAGCUUCAUACCCCGUCAAACUGCUUGAUAUAGAAAAGCCAACGUCUACCACUGCUGCUCUAUCAUCCACGACCCCGAGUACACCCAUCUCGACUUCUACCGCCUCUCUCAUAACUGUCACAACUUCCACAGCCAGCUCUUUGGAGAACCCCGUUUCUUCGGUUAACCAAUCGCGAUCUACUUCAACUCCUGCCGAGAAUGAUAGUUCAGGAAUCUCUGGUGGCGCAAUAGGAGGUAUCGUAGGUGGAGUCGUUGGUGGACUGGCUCUCCUUGGCUUUAUUGGCUUUUUCUUAUGGAGACGGAGAAAGAACAGCAAGCGAAACCCCUACCAAGCAGCGGACUCAUUCGACGGAUCACCUACAUAUACAAACCUUCAGACAGUAGAGCUAAAUGCGAACCGAGAAUAUGCGGAGGCACCAGUGCAAGAAAAGUAUGGAGGAGUUAUUAGACCUGUCGCAGAGGCACCUGCGGAUAGGGAAGUGGCAGAGCUACCUGCUUCUGACAUGUACAAUCAUCCGACGCACUGA